AUGUUCGAAUUCGAGCACGCCGGCGAAGUCAUUGACACCAUGCUCAACCUCAUGCUCAUCAACCACGAACGAGACCGCGCAGCCCUGCUCCGCGAGAAGAAUGCCCUACGAACACAUGAAGAAGACUUACUCGACAGAGAGCGGAGAAGACACAAGUAUGAGCGAGCCAAACUGCAAAAGGAAAGAGCCAGGAGUCUCAGCCGCGAACACCGAUCCAAAUCUACAGCACUGCAAAAGGAAAGAGCCAUGAGUCUCAACCACGAACACCGAUCCAAAUCUACAGCACAGCAAAAUCCCACUCGCCGAGCAGCAAGCCAACCACGAGUCCCAACGACCAUGCCACUAAAUGCUCCCAAAGGUCCACUCCCAUCCAUACCCAGGCACCAACAACCCAAUCAUCAGACUACCCACCGCCCCACCCCCAGAACAGAAGAACUCAUAACCCUCUCCCAACCCCGCGAUGAGCGCUUCAUCCAACAAACCCCCGCUGGCGGCACUGCGAAGACGAAAAAGUCCAAACGAUAA